GGUCGCGUUCUCGUCGCAGUUGUGUAAAACGGUUAAAAAGUGCAAUGGGUUUCGAUCAAAGAUUCUUAAACAGUGGUCAAGACAACGUUAGAGCAAAAUAUAUAACAUAAGCACUUGAAAUAUACACAAAAAGUACAAAAUACCUACAUUGCAAGCGAAAAGUGUUUUUUUUUUUUUUUGUCCAGCAGCAAAGAAAAAAGAACGAUGCUUAUACACACACAAACCAAAGUAUUGCUUGCUGGUUUGUUUGCUCUCCCUCUCACUUACAACUUAAUAAUUUGCAUUGUCAUUAUAUGAAAUUGUUCUUGUUUUUAUUGUUGCCUGAAUAGUGCCCGUGCUACGGUUGUGUAAAAUCAAUUUCAUAAGAUAACCAACCAUGUGUGUUUGAUUAUUGGCUCAAAGUGAAUGAAUGUAUCAAUCAAUGGAUAAAAGUUGUAUUUUUGUGCUAGUGAAAUUUUGCGCCCCUUGUUAAGAAGGUUUAUUGACUCUUCUGUAGUUGGAUGGUGGGGAUGUUGAAAUUAAACAAGAAGACACACACACAGGUGUAGCUUGCAAAUUCUAACAAUGAAUGAAAUCAUUUGCACUUCGGUCGUUUCGCAUAUCAAGUCGUCGUCGUGUGUUUAGGUAAUCACGUGAUCGGUGUAUAAAACAUUGAAAGAACUUUUGAAGGAAAGUGACAAUCGUAAGUGGACCUCUUAUUGCUGCCUUUUGACUUAUAUUGCUAGAGGCAAUGAAGGUUCGUCUUUCUAAGUCGGUAUCUCUUCAAAGCUAUGCUAAGGUUUAUGCUAAUUUGGACAUUGCUACGGCCAAGGCAACCAGAGAAGAGCAAUCUCGAGUCAGACAUCAUUUGUUGGAUGUGGCAACACCAUCUGAACCAUUUACAGUGAUGCAUUUUCGCAACAAAGCAUUGCCAAUUAUUGAAAACCUUUUGUCACAGUCCAAAUGCCCAAUUGUGGUUGGUGGCACCAAUUACUAUAUCGAGUCUCUAUUGUGGGACAUUUUGGUGAGUUCCACAAGCACGGAGGAUAUCUCAUUGUCACCUUCAGCUACAGCUAGCAGUGCUGGCAAUGCCGCAAAACCAAUCGCCGCUGCUGCCACCACCACAAAUGAAGCCUCAAAUGAAGUUCAGGAUGUUGCCCCAGUGUCUGAGAAUUCCAAAAAUCCUUCAUUCAUUGACCCAUCGGAGAUGCUGACAAUGCAAUCGGAAUUUCUGCAUAACCAUUUAAGGACAUUUGAUCCCGAAACUGCCAAUCGUAUACAUCCCAACAAUAAACGCAAAAUUAUCAGGGCAAUUGAAUUCUAUCAAGAAAGUGGUCAGACAUUAAGCUCUAAACUAAAAGAGCAACGACAACAGCCAGGAGGCAAUCGUUUGGGUGGCCCACUCAGAUAUCCGCACACCAUUUUAUUCUGGCUAAGAUGUAAUCAGGAAGUACUGAAUGCGCGUUUAGAUAAUCGCGUCGAUGGUAUGCUCGAACAAGGUUUGCUGCGUGAAAUACGAGCCUUUCACAAUGAGCAUAAUGUGGACAAAAGUAACCCAUCAUCAUCAUCAUCAGCAACAUCACCAUCUGUGCUAUCAUCAUCUUCUGGUCGGGACUACACCAAAGGCGUUUUACAAACUAUUGGCUUCAAAGAAUUUAUUCCCUAUUUAGAGCGGUUUAGUGCGGCAAAUGAUGAAAAGAUUGACGAAUACUUGAGGGCAAAUGCGUAUAAAAUGCCAACCGAAGAGCACUUCAAACAACGGGCAGGUUCAAUAAACGAACCCUCAGAUUCGGAUACAGAGGCGGUGGCGGCAAACGACACGAUCGACCCUAAAGAUCAAUUACCCCCAGGGUUGGAUGUGUUGAAUUCAUGUCUGAAUGAAUUGAAAUUAGUUACGCGUCGCUACUCGAAAAAACAACAAAAAUGGAUUAACAACCGCUUUUUGGCCAGUAACGAUCGUAAAGUGCCCGAUUUGUAUGAAUUGGAUACGAGUGAUGUUGGACGCUGGCAUGAGUGCGUCUAUUCGCCGGCUGUCACUAUAAUUGAUUGCUAUCGUUCGUCUCAAGUAUGCGAAAUACAGCCAAUGACGAAGAGAAUACAUCCGGGAGCGGGCUUGAAUGAAGAGAUCACAAAUUUUUGCGCCAUCUGUCAACGGCACUUCAUAGGUGAAUAUCAAUGGAAUUUGCAUCUAAAAUCGAAUCGCCAUAAGAAGCGUAAAGAAUCUGUUCAGAGGAAACAAGCUGAGUGUCCAACCGAAGAAGAGAAAUAAAAGUCACAAAGCGUUUAAUUCCAUUUGAUAAUAUUUUCAAAUGUUGAAUAAAUAAAAUGUUUUAUUGUCAAUUUUA